CGGUCGCCGCUGAACUCGGCUUGGCAAGAGGCGGGUCGGCUUUCCUUCCUCUUCCCCUUCCGAGGCGGGCGGGAUCUCUGCUUUUUGGGGGCGGAGGCUGAAGUUCUCGGGGGCCGGCUUCUUCUUCUUCUUCGUCCUUCCUUCCUUCCUCUCUUCUUCCCGCCCUCGCUUUCCUAUCGCCAGUUCCUGGCAGCGAUGCCCACCUGGAGCAAACCCUGGCUCCUCCGGGUCCUGAUGCGGCUUCUGCUGCUGCUGUUGGGGAUGUGCGCCUCCUCCUCCUCCUCCUCCUCCUCCUCCCUGGGCGCCCCACAACAGCCCCCUCCGCACCUGGUUGUGGUGCUGGCCGACGACUUGGGCUGGCAGGACGUGGGUUGGCACGGCUCCCAAAUCCGCACCCCGGCCCUGGACGCGCUGGGCGGCGAGGGGAUCCGCCUGGAGCGCUACUACACCCAGCCCCUCUGCACCCCCUCCCGCAGCCAGCUGCUCACCGGCAGGUACCAGAUCCAUACAGGUUUACAGCAUGAAAUAAUUUGGCCAUGUCAGCCCAGCUGUGUCCCACUGGAUGAAAAACUCCUGCCUGAGCUUCUUAAAGAGGCAGGAUAUGUUACUCAUAUGGUGGGGAAGUGGCAUCUAGGAAUGUACAGAAAGGAAUGCCUUCCAACUCGAAGAGGGUUUGAUACCUAUUUUGGGUACCUUCUUGGAAGUGAAAAUUACUACACACAUGAGCGUUGUGUGCCUAUUGUAUCAAAGAAUGUAACUCGAUGUGCUCUUGAUCUUCGAGAUGGAGAAGAAAUUGCAUCUGGAUUUAAAAAUAUGUAUUCUACUAAUGUAUUUACUCAAAGAGCUCAAGACCUAAUAGCAAAUCAUCAGCCUGAGAAGCCUCUCUUUCUCUACCUUGCUCUGCAAUCAGUCCAUGAGCCUCUUCAAGUACCUGAGAAGUACAUAAGGCCAUACACUUCCAUUAAAGAUGAAAAGAGACGCAAAUAUGCAGGAAUGGUAUCCAUUCUGGAUGAAGCUGUAGGAAAUAUCACUGAAGCCCUGAAGACACGUGGACUUUGGAACAACACAGUUCUCAUCUUUUCUACAGAUAAUGGAGGCCAAACUUUAGCAGGUGGAAACAACUGGCCAUUAAGAGGGAGAAAAUGGACACUGUGGGAAGGAGGAGUCAGAGGCGCUGGUUUCGUUGCAAGUCCUUUACUGAAACGAAGAGGAGUGGAAAGUCAUGACCUUAUCCACAUUUCUGACUGGCUGCCAACGCUGGUGAAACUUGCUGGAGGAUCCACAAAUGACACCAAACCUUUAGAUGGUUUUGAUGUAUGGAAAACACUAAGUGAAGGAGAACCAUCACCCAGAAAGGAGCUGCUUCACAACAUAGACCCUCUUUUCGUGGACCCAUCUCCAUGUGCAGGUAGCAGCCAUGUAGCUUCACCACGAAGUAAUUAUUCAUGGGAAGAUUCAAUUUUCAAUACUUCUAUACAUGCUGCAAUUCGACAUGGAAAGUGGAAACUACUAACAGGCAAUCCAGGUUGCAGUCACUGGUUUCCACCACCAUCUUUAUUCAAUGAGUCAAAGACAUUGUCAUCUGACGCACCAACAAAGAAACUUUGGCUCUUUGAUAUCAUUCAUGAUGCUGAGGAAAGAAAUGAUUUAUCUGAUCAAUACCCUGACAUUGUGAAAAAGCUCCUCUUGCGCCUCCAGCACUACUAUAAGAACUCUGUUCCUGUGUUCUACCCAGAUGAUGAUCCUCGAUGUGAUCCAGAGGCAACUGGAGCCUGGGGGCCUUGGAUGUAAGGGGAAAGCCUACAUUGCACAGGAGAAUGUACAUCCUAACUGCAUUAAUUAUUCUGUACAAGAAUAAAUAAUUGCAAAGGUUUUUCUCCCCACUGGGCAAGAUUACAAGAAUUUCUGUGCAUGGUUUUUGGCACUUCAAGAUGCAUUUGAAGGAAAUUCAUCUGUACUGAAAACAUGCAGACCUUUUACUCAAAAAUGUGAGUCUAGCUCAACAUUUCCAGUCGAUUUUGCACAAAAAAAAUACCAUUUUCUGUGCAAAAAUGUUUUCCUACCUCCAGUUUGAAAUGAGUUUUUUUUUUCUACUAAAAAGUCCCGAAAUCAAAAAAUCUUGCAGCGGUGACCAUUUUCUCAAUAGGGUGUCUCAAUAUGUUGUGAUGCACUUUUUUGCACAAUGUAUAGCUUUCUCCUCCAAUGUUUUUCGGCCACUUCCCAAUUGCUGCUGCCUGACAUGCUUGCCUCACUCUGCCUAAUUAUAGGGUCAACCCUUCAGUGUCCUUGUGUACCAGUGCACACAAAUGUACACACAUGAAUCAGCCUGGAAACUCAGGGAAACAGCAGAUGCUUUGGCUCUGAUUUAUUUUUACUUUUUUGGCAUCAGCUUCAGUCCUCUGGAUUCAGUUCUUUCUCAAAAGCCCAGUUGGGAGAUCCAAUUUCAUCUCUGAUUGUGUCUGAAGUUCUCUUACAGUCAUAAAAUAUGCCAUUUGGAUGUUAGUUUUUGUCUAUGACAUGUCUCCAAAGCAGUGUGUAAAAUGAUGCCGCUUUCCUAAAAUCAGUGGCCAGCUGGGAAACAUUAUUUUUGUUGGAAAGCUCUGAGUCAUGGGGCAAGGAGCAGGAUUUUCUAAAUUAUUUUACAUCUGAAGUCAGAUGCUUGAUUGCAGACUUGCCAGCAGACAGCUUUCAGUAGAGGCUGAUGUUGUAAAGAAGGUGGAAUGAGCCAGUUGUUGGAAAUCUCAUGCCAUUCCAUUUGCUCACCUUUGCCUUGUCAUUAUAUCUAUAAUGGAUCUAUUCCAUAAUGAUUGUGAGUGCAACCUUCUAACCCCUACUCACCAAAGUCUUAGCAAUACUAGGGUUCAUAUCAACCCAGUACCCAAAAUGUGUAGUUUUUGCAGUGCAAUCUUAUUCCAAUUAUCAAAGACUUCUGAGUAAACAUUUCAGUCCUGAAAUAAGAAGGCAGGCUGUCCUAAAGAUCAGUUUUGGUUAUAAAAUAAUAGAAGGAAAAUAUACAGUUAUCAUGACAGAGGUUGCUCAAAAAGCUGCUUUUUAAUUUGUUGAUUAUUAUUAACAACAAAAACAACAACAACUUUAUUUUGUACCUUGCUUCCAUCUCCUCGACGGGACUUGGGGUGGCUUACAUGGGGAGAAGCCUGAAAUUCCACAUUCCACAUAGUUAAAAUAAAAUAUAACAAUGAAAUUCAUAAAAACAUUUCAAUAAUAUAAAACAACAGCAGAAUACAAUAUAUAGCAAAUAUCUAACAACUCUCAGUGGUCUGAAUAGAACACAGUUCUCAGUUCAGGCAGUGACUGGUGCAAAUAAAUGACCUUGAGUUGGAACUGAAUGUUUACUGAUGACACCAAAUUAAAAAAAUGGAGAUUGUAAAAAAAAAAUCCUCCAGGAGGAUCUUUCCAAAAAGACAGUUGGUCAGAUGCAAUUCAGUAUAAUUACUGUAUACUGUAAAGCCAGGCUUUAGCACAGCUGGUUAAUCACCAGCAGCAAUAGAUCACACCAAUCAAAUGGUUGGCAGUUCAAAGCUCAGGUCAGGUUGAGCACCCAACCUUCAGCCCAGCUCACUGUCCACCUAAGCAGUUCGAAAACAGCUGUGAAUAGAGAAAUUAGGCACCGCUUAAGUGGUGAGGUAUUUUAAAGCACCAUAAAAAGGAAAUACCAAAAAAUUAUGAUGAUCAAAGAAAGGAGGAAGUCUGUGAUCAAGGGCUCUUUGCCAUAGAGGAUGGGGUGACAGCAACCCCCUGUGGCCAGAAUCAAGCACAACCUCCAGGAACUGAAGUUGGGAAAAUGAUGACAUAUACCUCUAUCUGUUGACUGUCCUGUCUGUUUAACGGCAUUGAAUGUUUGCUGUGUGUGUGUUCAGUGAUCUGCCCUGAGUCCCCUUUGGGAUGAAAAGGGCAUAAUAUAAAUGCUGUAAAUAAAUAAAUAAAUACACUCAUGUUUA